GCCGGGCCGAAGCGGAAGCGAGCGCGGAGUGGCGACGGGGUUUGAGCCAUGGACGCCAGCGCGUUGGAAGUGGACGCCCUACGGUUUGCGCAGCUCGCGGUGCAGCGCGACCAAAGCGGCCGUUACCGGGAGGCGGUUUUCUAUUACAAGGAGGCUGCGCAAGCCUUAAUUUAUGCUGGAAUGGCAGGCUCAAAUUUGGAAAAUAUUCAAGAGAAAAUAAAUGAGUAUUUGGAGAGAGUCCAAGCUCUGCAUUCAGCAGUUCAAUCGCAGAGCAUCGACCCUUUGAAGUCAAAACAGCAAUUGGACCUAGAGCGUGCUCAUUUCCUGGUUACACAGGCCUUUGAUGAAGAUAAUAAGGGCAACAUGGAGGAAGCUGUAGAAUUGUAUACAGAAGCAGUGGAACUCUGUUUGAAAACAGCUAACGAAACUUCAGAGGCAAGUCUUCAAACAAAACUGAAGCAGCUGGCUCGACAAGCACUGGAUAGAGCAGAAGCACUUAAAGAGUCUAUGUCAAAGUCAUCUCAAAAAGACAAGUCAGCUGCAGUUAAACCAAAUCAGCCUUUUAGAGCAUUCUUUCCAUUGGGACCUGACUUUUCCUUGAAUGAUAAACCACAAACAGUCAGAGCAGUGCAAGCUAGUGAAUCUCAUGGUCAGAGAUACACCACAGAGGAGAUUGAAGUGCUCAGAAAGACCUCAAAGAUAAAUGGUAUUGAGUAUGUCCCUUUCAUGAGUGUUGACCUGAGGGAGCGUUUUGCAUUUCCAGUGCCAUUUUCAGAUAAAUGUGGCAAAUUACCACUCUCCCCCAAGCAAAAGGCAAUUUUUGCCAAAUGGGUACGGCCUGAUGACCUAACAAAUAACCCUAUAAUGAUCUAUACGGUGUCAAGUUUCAGCAUAAAACAGACAAUAGUAUCCGAUUGUUCCUUUGUGGCAUCACUGGCUAUCAGCGCAGCAUAUGAGAGGCGGUACAACAAAAAGUUGAUUACAAGCAUAAUUUACCCACAGAAUAAAAAAGGAGAACCCGAAUAUAACCCAUGUGGGAAGUAUAUGGUAAAGCUUCAUAUCAAUGGUGUCCCUAGAAAGGUUAUAAUUGAUGAUCAGUUGCCUGUAGACCAUAAUGGAGAACUUCUUUGCUCUUAUUCUAACAACAAAAAUGAAUUGUGGGUUUCUCUGAUAGAAAAAGCUUACAUGAAGGUUAUGGGUGGAUAUGAUUUUCCUGGAUCAAAUUCUAAUAUUGAUCUCCAUGCACUGACAGGUUGGAUACCUGAAAGAAUUGCUAUGCAUUCAGACAACCAAGCUUUCAAUAAAGAUGGUACUUUCAGAAUGCUUUAUCAGAGAUUUCAUAAAGGAGAUGUUCUUAUCACAACAGCAACAGGAGUAAUGUCUGAAGAGGAAGGGGAGAAGUGGGGUUUAGUUCCAACCCAUGCAUAUGCUGUUUUGGAUAUAAGAGAAUAUAAGGGACAUCGAUUCCUCCAGCUGAAAAAUCCCUGGAGUCACUUACGUUGGAAAGGAAGAUACAGUGAAAAUGAUAUGAAAAAUUGGACACCUGACCUACAAAAAUACCUAAACUUUGAUCCCAGGACAGCUCAGAAGAUUGACAAUGGGAUAUUCUGGAUUGCCUGGGAGGAUCUCUGCCAGUAUUAUGAUGUUAUUUAUUUGAGUUGGAACCCAAGUCUUUUUAAAGAAUCCACAUGUAUUCACAGCACUUGGGAUGCAAAGCAAGGUCCAGUGAAAGAUGCCUACAGCCUGGCUAAUAAUCCGCAAUACAAACUGGAGGUACAGUGUCCACAAGGUGGAGCUGCAGUCUGGAUCCUGCUUAGCAGACACAUUACAGACAAGGAUGACUUCGCUCACAACCGAGAGUUCAUCACCCUGGUGGUGUACAAAACUGAUGGGAAAAAAGUUUACUACCCAGGUAUGGGUACAACAGCUGCCAAGAAAACUGACCCAUCUCCAUAUAUUGAUGGGAUUCGGAUAAACAGCCCCCACUAUCUAACAAAGAUAAAGCUGACCUCUCCAGGAUCCCACACAUUUACCUUGGUGGUGUCACAGUAUGAGAAACAGAACACAAUCCACUAUACUCUCAGGGUGUAUUCAGUAUGCAAGUUCACCUUUUCCAAGAUCCCUACACCCUACACCACCUCCAAAAGGGUUAAUGGGCAGUGGAAAGGUCAUAGUGCUGGAGGAUGUGGGAAUUUCAGAGAUUCCUAUAAAAACAACCCCAUUUAUCAGUUCCAGCUGGAGAAGACUGGGCCAUUACUAAUUGAACUAAGAGGACCAAGACAAUACAGCGUUGGGUUUGAACUUAUCACAGUCUCUACAGUAGGAGAUCCUGGUCCCUCUAGCUUUCAGAAAAAGAACAGUGGCGACUACAGGUGCGGCUUUUGCUACUUAGAAGUGGAAAAUGUACCUCCUGGGGUUUAUAAUAUCGUUCCAAGCACCUUUCUGCCUCAACAAGAAGGUCCUUUCUUCUUGGACUUUAAUAGCAUUUCCCCUCUUAAGGUAUCACAGCUCCAGUGACACGGCACAUUACACUGCUGUCUAGGGAAACAGUCAAGAUUUUACAGCUAUGCCACAUCCAGAGAACACAGGAAGAACCUAUACAUACUUUGCAUAAAAGGGAACUGCAGUCUACCUGAAGAAGCCCUAGCCAAAGGCACAGGGCAGUCUGCUUUAUUUAACUGCAAACAGGAAGUUUACUUACGGCUUUUUGUAGUGCUGGCAUCAAAGAAAAAAUGCUUCAGAUUUUGACUGAAGGUAUAUUGAAUGUGUGAAUAUGGUUGAAAAUAGAGCUUUUGAUUGUGUAUGAAAAUGAAUCAGCAGACCUUAGUUUAUUGCAUUUUUGUUUUAAAUUGAAACUUAAUGAAGUAGUGGAGAGAGAA